AGUGGGGAUAGAUCGACUCGGUGGAACUACGAAAAAACCACGCUCUCCUUGCUGCCCUUACACGAAAAAGUAGUUCGUAGCUUUCCUGUAUUGUGCGACGAAAUUUCUGUUGUGUUGUCCGUUCUGUCUGUGAUUUCUCAUUUGUUUUAUGCUGCCCAUGACAAAUAAUCGAUGAAAAUAUGGUGAUACAACCACCUCAAACGCAGCUGCAGGGGCAGCGUCCCCUAAAUGCAACCCCGCCCAUUUUCGAGAAACCUCCCACUGUCGGGCGAUUCAUCGAGGGAGGUGAUGCUCAUUUCGAAUGCAGAGUCCGAGGCAACCCUCAGCCGGAAGUUGUUUGGUCCAGAAGAGGAAUGCCCAUCAAAAAUGAUAACAGGCGUAAUGUAUCGUACAACCCAACGACGGGAAUGUGCGUCUUUGAUAUAAAAAGCCUCACAGCUGAAGAUGAUGGCGAAUACACAUGUACUGCCGUUAACUGUGCUGGUGAAGCUUCCCUUACAGUAAACAUACAGAGAGACGUCAGAGGGCAAGUUGUGUCUCAAGACACAUUUCGCCAAGUACACAUGCCGAUGAGCAAUGUUCAAAGCACAUACAUUGACCAACAACGCCAAUAUACUCAGUCUUAUGUACAGCAGCAAAGUAUUGAUGGAAUGUACCAAAGGACCACUUCUGCAGAGUACGAAAUGGAUUCUAGUCCAAUGUACUAUAGUGGAACUGAAAGUUUCCGAGUGGACACAUUUGAAUACCGCCUUUUGCGGGAAGUCGAAUUCCGUGAGUCCUUGUUCCGGCGGUUGCCUGGAGAGGAAGCGCCCGAAAAACCUGUGCCCUUGGACAAAGCGCAGCCCCCAAGCGCCCCGCAAAUCUUGGCCCGACCCCGAAACAGCAAACUGCUGGAAGGAUCCGAAGCCACAUUCCAAGCCAAGAUUUCGGGCAAUCCUAAGCCAAAGAUAACGUGGUUUAAGAAUGGACAACGAAUCAUUUCUUCACAGAGAUUCAAAAUGAGUUACGCCAAUGAUUUAGCGGCAUUGCACAUCCAUAUGGCUUUACCAGAGGAUGCUGGUUAUUAUACUCUGCUUGCUGAAAAUACCAACGGUAGAAUCGCAUGUUCAGCUCAUCUAGUCAUUGAAGGAGUUGGAGCUCCAGUGUCUACAACUUUUCAACAGCAAUUGCAGCAUCAGAAGACUGAUGGCACAGCUGCCACUGCUGUUCGAACGACGCAGGAAAAUGACGUGGACGUGAGUGGCACCGGUGCCAGCCGGGCCCUCAAGCCCAACUUCGUCAAGAUCCCUGGGGACAAGGAGGUCACAGAGGGCAAGAUGGUUCGUUUCGACCUGAGGGUGAGCGGAAGGCCUUUCCCUGAUGUGACCUGGUAUUUGAAUGGGAAUCAGGUGGUCGACGAUGCAACUCACAAGCUUCUAGUCAACGAGGGUGGAGUGCACGCCCUUAUGAUCACUUCAGCCAGUCGCACGGAUGCAGGAAACUACACGUGCAUUGCAAAGAACAAGAGUGGAGAAGUCUCCUUCAACGUGAAUCUCCAUGUCAUUGAGAAAGAACAAAUUGUUGCUCCAAAGUUUGUGGAACGUUUCCAGAGCUUAAAUGUACGAGAAGGUGAAUCGGCAACUCUUCACUGCAGAGCUAUCGGUACACCUAUUCCAAACAUCACAUGGCAGAAAGAUGGCGUCCAAAUUCAUUCUUCUCCACCUAAUAUAUUAAUCGAAACUCUUGAUGGAGCUUCAGCAAUUUAUUUCAAUCAAGUCACCAUGCUAGAUUCUGCUUGGUAUCAAUGCACAGCUCAAAAUCAAGCUGGAAGCACAGCUAUUAGAGGUCGUCUAUAUGUAGCAAGUGAAACAGCACCCAUGCCUGAACCUUGGAGGUUAAAUUUGCCAAGACCGCAGAAAGUUAUUGCUCCAGAGGGUUCUCCACCCCGCGAGGUUGUGUGGCUAAAGCCUGUUGAGAGGGCCGCCCCGAGAGCUAGAGCCCCAGAAGAAGAGAGGCCACCUCAAAAGCCUGCUUUCACCACUCAUAUCCGAGACUUGAACCUACAGGAAGGCGACCGUGCUCAUUUCGAUGCCAGGCUGGUUCCAAUUGGAGAUCCGACCAUGGUCAUCGAGUGGUACGUCAACGGAAAGCUAAUUGAAGCAAGUUCAAGAGUCAUGACCACUUACAACUUUGGAUAUGUGGCGCUGACAUUGCUUCACGUGUACUCUGAAGACUCUGGAGUAUAUAUGUGUCGAGCAGUGAACGAGGCUGGUGAAGCUACUACCACAGCUACUCUUAGAUGUGUCCCACGUGCUCAAAUUGAACGAACUCCACAGCACCCAGAGAGCAUCGAAGCCAUCCGGCACCUUGAGGACCACGAAAGGUACCAACGUCAAGAAUCCAUCGAGGAGACCGUCUCGCAAGUACCAGUGUUUGUCAGACCCCUGCACCAUUUGGAAAAUAUCUCGGAAGGUGGAUUUGCCCAUUUCGAAGGCCAAAUUACGCCAGUCAGCGAUCCCGCCAUGAAAAUAGAAUGGCUAUUUAACGGACAGCCUCUGACAGCAGGGACAAGAAUCAGCACUACUUACAGUUUUGGUUAUGUAGCUCUUAACAUAUCUUACGUCAGAGCGGAAGAUUCCGGUGUUUAUAUGUGCAAAGCCACUAACAAGAAAGGAGAAGCAAUAUCCACAGCCACUCUUAAAGUUAGAGUUAGUGAACAAGUGACCGCUAGUUCAGGCAUUGCCGAACAGCAAAGCUACAUUCAGAAAACGCAGGAACUGGAAGCUUAUCAGAUGCAGCAGCGUCAAACUUAUGUAGAAGUAGACCAGACAAUAAAACAGAAACCGUAUUUCAAGACUCAACUGAUUGAAAAGCUAGAGCUUAAUGAGGGUAAAACAGCUCAUUUCGAGGCUAGACUAGAACCAUCAGGAGAUUCAACCAUGAGAGUUGAGUGGCUGAAAGAUGGGAAAUCUGUGGAAGCAAGCUCUAGGAUUUCAACUUUCUUUAACUUCGGAUAUGUAUCCAUUACUAUUCGUGGCGUGGACGCUAGAGACACAGGCACUUAUACAUGUGUUGCUACGAACAGCAUGGGCACUGCUUCAAGUUCAACGAAAUUUAUAUGCAUAAGCAAGAAGAGUGUGGUUGUCGAAACACAGCAUCCCGAAGGCCUACAGAAAAUCCAACAUUUGGAAGAUUCCUCCCGUUACCAGCGGGACGUCCAAGAAGAUGUGAGCUUCACACAAAAGCCCACGUUCAAGACAGAGCUGAUAGGCAAGAGCCAGUUGAUCGAAGGACAGAGCGCACACUUCGAAACGCGGCUUGAGCCCAUGGGCGACCCUAGCAUGACCGUGGAAUGGUACUUCAAUGGACUUCCGCUCACAACGGGUCAUCGUUUCAAAACCUACUUCGAUUUCGGUUACGUAGCUCUGGAUAUUCUGUAUGUUUUCCCAGAGGACACUGGUACUUUUACUGUUGUUGCCAAAAACUCUAUGGGGCAAGCAACUCUGCAGAGACAAAUCCACGUACAAGCAAAAAGCUCGGUGGAUACUUCGACGAUCCAUGAAAUAGAAGAGAAAAUUGAGUACCUGGAGCGGCCUCAACAUGAUGACACCGGUCGUUUCAUCGAGGAGAUCUCUAAAACUAAGCCCCACUUCCCGAUCCCCUUGCACAGUCCGAAACCACUGAAGGAAGGAGAAAGGGUGCACCUCGAAUGCAGGGUAGAACCCGUAGGAGAUCCUACCCUCACAAUUGAGUGGUUCUUUAACGGAAAGCAGUUACCGUCUGGUUCACGAUUCCAAGUAAAGCACGACUUUGGACAUAUUGUCCUUGACAUAACCACAGCAUAUCCUGAAGACACUGGAGAAUAUACCGUUCGAGCAACCAAUCACCUGGGCUCUGCGCACACCAGCGCAUGCAUUACUGUAAUUGGUAAAAGUGGUGUCGUGUCUGAAACACAACAUCCAGAAGGCCUGCAAAAGAUUCAACACCUUGAAGACUCCAGUCGUUAUAAGAGAGAACAAUUCGAGGACACCAUAAUUACACAGAUGCCAACAUUCACGAAACCUUUGCACAACAUCGAAACAGUUGAAGGUACCAACAUUCACUUGGAAUGCAGACUGGCACCUGUUGGAGAUCCUAGCAUGAAAAUAGAAUGGUUCGUCAAUGGUGUAUCCCUUAAAGUGGGGCAUCGAUUCCGACCCGCGUUCGAAUUCGACUAUGUUGCAUUAGAUAUUCUUAGCGUAUACGCAGAAGACAGUGGAGUUUAUACAUGUAAAGCUACUAGCAGCCUGGGACAGGCUGUGACAUCCUGCAGUGUCAAAUGCACAGCAAGGAGUCAAAUUAUUCUAGAAUCUCAGCACCCUGAAGGGCUGCAGCAGAUUCAGUACCUAGAAGAUCAAAGUCGUCAUAAGAGAGAAACAUGGGAGGAAGAAACAGUCAAGAUUCAGCCCAAGUUUCUGUCCAAGCUCCACAAUCUUACUCUACACGAGGGUCAAAUGGCCCACUUUGAAUGUAGGCUGGAGCCCAUUAAUGACUCUUCUCUCCGUGUGGAGUGGUUCAGGAAUGGAAAAUCUCUUCCUGUUGGUCACCGUUACCGACCCUUCCAUGAUUUUGGUUACGUCGCUUUAAACAUCAUAUCUGUUGUACCCGAAGACAGCGGUUGCUACACCUGUAGAGCAGUUAAUACUAUUGGGACUGCAGAAAUUCAAGCAACACUAAAUGUGUCAGGAAAAUCUGCAAUCCAAGCCGAGACACAACAUCCGGAGGGAUUGCAGAAAAUCCAAAUGCUUGAAGAUUAUUCCAGGUAUCAGCGAGACAUUUAUCAAGAGGAAUUGACUACUCAGACACCAGUAUUUACAAAAGCUCCCCAAAAUGCGGAGAUACAAGAAGGUCACAGGGUACAUUUCGAAUGUCGUCUUAUUCCUGUUGGUGAUCCAAAAUUAAAAGUGGAAUGGUUCCACAAUGGAAGACCUGUAAAACAAGGCACUCGCUUUGUACAAACAUUCAGUUUUGGAUUCGUAGCUCUGGACAUCAUGUACGCGUAUCCUGAAGAUUCUGGAACGUAUACCUGCAAAGCUGUGAAUUCUUUGGGUGAAGCAGUAACUUCAGCUACAUUAAAAUGCCACAGCAAGAGCAGUCUCAUUCUGGAGUCUCAGCAACCAGAAAGUUUGCAGAAAAUUCAACAGCUGGAGGACAUGAGUCGUUACCAAAGGAGAGAUUACAUCGAAGAAAGCACCACACAAGCUCCCGUUUUCACUCAGGCCAUGAGGAAUUUGCAACUGAUGGAAAACCAGAGCGCCCACUUUGAGUGCCGACUCAUCCCUGUUGGAGACACUAAGCUCAAAGUAGAGUGGUUCCACAAUGGCAUUGCUAUUAUGCCAGCGUCAAGAGUGACAUUGACUCAUGACUUCGGAUUUGUUGCAUUGGACUUGGCAUACGUAAAACCAGAAGACAGUGGUACAUAUACCUGCAAGGCUACCAAUGAGUUGGGACAAGCUGUUUGCUCGGCUACUCUGGCUGUCAGAGGAAGCAGCUCUUUGGUACUGGAAACCCCAACACCCAGAAGGACUUCAAAAAAUUCAGUACUUAGAAGAUACCAGUCGCCACCAGCGCCAAGCCUUCGAGGAAGUCCGUAUUUUCUUCAGCUCCAGUCUUUUGUAACACCACUUACAGGACCCUCUAAGCUAGUAGAAGGACACAGCAGUCACUUGGAAUGUAGAAUUGAACCAUAUCCAGAUCCAACAAUGAAGAUUGAAUGGUUCUUCAAUGGAAAACCAUUGCCUACAGGAUCUCGGUAUAGAACAAUGUUUGACUUUGGAUUUGCUGCCUUGGACAUUCUGACUGUUUAUGCCGAAGAUUCUGGGGAAUACACCAUCAGAGCCACUAACAGCCUCGGAACUUCUUCGUCAUCGGCUCGAAUAAAUGUUGCAGCGAAGAAAAGCUUGAUUUUAGAAUCUCAACAACCAGAUAGUCUUCAGAAAAUUAGAAUGCUGGAGGACCAUAGCCGCUUUGCAAGGCCAGAAGAACCAGAACAGAUGUUCGACAAACCUAAUUUUGGAAGACCACUCUACAAUUUGGAUAACUUGCUGGAAGGACAAAGUGCUCAUCUAGAAGCAACUCUUACACCUGUUAACGAUCCAACUAUGCGAGUGGAGUGGUAUCACAAUGGCGUACCCAUUAAACCAGCUCACCGUUUCAGGACAGUUUGUGACUUUGGAUAUGUGGCUCUGGACAUUCUGUAUGUUUUCGCAGAAGACUCUGGCACGUACAUGUGUAAAGCUACCAAUAGAGUUGGAGAAGCGAUCACCACGUGCUCCAUCAAAGUUCAAGCUAAAGAAUCCAUUUACACUGAUACACUACAUGAAGAAGGCCUUCAAAAGAUUCGUGCAUUAGAAGAUCAUUAUAGGCCUGCUCCAGAGGAGCCUGUGAUUCCAAUCACUAGACCAGUAUUCAUAACGCCGUUAAAGAAUGUCGAAAACAUCAAAGAAGGACAGCCAGUACAUUUAGAAUGCAAACUGGAGCCUGUAAAUGAUCCCAAACUUAAAGUCGAGUGGUACGUGAAUGGUGUCGAAAUUAAAGCUGGUCAUAGGUUCAGGACUGUUCAUGAUUUCGGAUACGUAGCAUUGGACAUUUUAUACAGCUACGGAGAAGACACUGGAACAUAUAUGUGCAAAGCAGUCAACGAGCUUGGCGAAGCAGUCACAACGUGUACAGUUAAAGUUGAAGCUCGAAGAAAUAUCUACUAUGAUACACAACAUCCGGAAGGCUUGGAAAAGAUUCGAGAACUGGAAUGCCAAACCAAGUACAGACCCAUUGAGGUUGAAGAGAAACCUAUUUGCAAACCUUACUUUGUGUCUGAAUUGAGAGGAAUCACGGAGUACAAAGAAGGAGAUAGCGCUCAUUUCGAAGCAAGAGUGGAACCCUCGCAUGACCCGGACUUGAAGAUUGAGUUCUUCCACAAUGGAAAACCAUUAGAAGCAGCAACUAGGUUCCAUGUGACGAUAGACUUCGGAUACAUUGCCUUGGAUAUGAGCCAUGUAUAUCCUGAGGAUGAAGGACAGUACACAGUUAGAGCUUCUAACAGUCUUGGAGAAGCAACAAGCACCAUCAAUAUUCGUGUCCACAGCAAAUCGGGUGUUAUCUCCGAUACGCAGCAUCCCGAAGGCCUCGCCAAGAUCCAAGCUCUUGAAGACGAGUCCAGAAGACAACCAAUGGAGUACGUGGAGAAGAGAACUUUCCAGAGACCUGUGUUCACUGCCCCUCUGCAGAAUCUUGACUUGGAGGAAGGUCAGAGCGCACAUAUGGAAUGCAGGCUGAUACCAGUAGGAGAUCCCACGCUUACGGUGGAAUGGUACUUCAAUGAAGCUCCUUUGCAACCGAGUUCAAGAUUCCAAACAACUCAUGAUUUUGGUUACGUUGCUUUGGACAUUCAAUAUGUGCGACCUGAUGACGUAGGCGUAUAUACGUGCAGAGCACGCAAUGAACUUGGAGAAGCAGUGACUACAGCAAAAAUUAGAGUGCAAACCAAAGCUUUCAUCGAGCUUCAAAGCCACCACCCAGAAGGAUAUGAAAGGAUUCAGGAGCUGGAGAACUAUAAACAAGCACCCUCCACGGAUAUGCCCGAGAAGGCGUUCGAAAAGCCCGUGUUCACUGUGGCUCUCUUUGGUCCAAGCGAACUCAUGGAGGGCAUGCCAGCCCAUCUGGAAUGUAGAGUGGUGCCCAUUGGCGAUCCCGAUCUGAAGAUCCAAUGGUUCGUCAAUGGUGUCGCACUUAAACAAGCUGCUCGAUUCCGGGAAAUUCACGAUUUUGGAAUGGUGUCUCUGGACAUUGCUUCAACCAUCGCUGAAGACUCAGGUGUAUACAUGUGCAAAGCGGUUAACAAAGCUGGAGAAGCCGUCACUACAACGUCGAUGGUCGUUAGAAGUCUUGGCGCCAGUGUGAUUGGUGAAAGUCAACACCCAGAAGCAUACUUGAAGACUCAAAAAUUUGAAAUGGGACCCGUCCGCCCUGCAGAACCUGAAGCCCCAGCUCCAAGGGCUCCAUUCUUCACGGAACACUUGGUGAACCAAGAUACACUGGUCGAAGGACAGUACAUCCACCUGGAGGCACGUGUUGAACCCGCUACCGAUGAAAAACUCAGAAUUGAGUGGUACAAGAAUGGAAAGCAAUUAGUCUGCGGCACUCGAAUACGCACAAUGUGUGAUUUUGGAUUGGUAUCUUUGGAUAUCGUUACUGUAAGACCCGAUGAUUCUGGUAUCUAUACUUGCAGAGCUGUGAACGAAGUCGGUGAAGCCAUUACAACUUGCACAAUGAAAGUAGAAGAUCGUGAAAGUAUUAUCUACCGUUCGCAACAUCCAGAAAGCUUGCCUAGAAUCCAGGAAUUAGAGAGCUGGCAAGCAGUCAGUCCAGAAACUCGUGAACCUGCCUAUGAACAACCCAUCUUUAUAUCUCACCUCAACAAUUUGGAGCUUAAAGAAGGUCAGCCUGCACACUUCGAAUGCAGAAUUGAACCCUACAGAGACCCUAAACUUAAAAUUGAAUUCCAACUUAAUGGGAAACCUUUGCCAUCCGCAACACGUUUCAACGUGAGCAAAGACUUUGGAUACAUAACAUUGGACAUUUCACAUACUUUAGCUGAAGAUGCAGGAAUUUAUACUUGCAAAGCUACAAACGAAAAAGGACAAGCACUUACAACUGGGUCUCUCAAAAUCAUUGAUGAUAAAGAAUUUGUUAUUGAAAGAACUACUCAUCCUAUGGGACAAGAAGGCUUGUCUAAAGUACGUGAGGUAGAAGAAAUGUAUCUGUCAAAAUAUCAGACUCAUAUUGAUGAUACGGAGCUUCAGUAUCCAAAGCCUGUGUUUGUGGUUCCUCUGCUGGAAAAGUAUGCCGUCAAUGAGAGUGAAGGACUCAGGCUGGAGUGCAGAGUAGAACCUGCUGCUGAUCCAAAGCUGACAAUCGAAUGGUUCUUCAACGGAAAGCCACUGAACAUUGGAACACGAUUCCAGUUGACCAACGAUUUUGGCCAAGUUGUUCUGGCUUCCACUGACAUGUGGGGCCGUGACAGCGGAGUCUACACAUGUAGGGCAUACAAUGCAAUGGGAGAAGCCUUCACCUCUACUACUAUACAUUGUGCAGCCAAAGGCAGUAUAUAUGAAGGAACUCUUCAUCCUGAAGGUGAGAAGGGUCUCGAGAGUAUUCAAACAUUGGAGGAGUCCUUACUCAGAUCAACUGAUCAAGCCAUCACGGAAGAUCAAGGCCAUCCACCAAUAUUCACUUCACACUUCCAGAACUUGACCAACUUGACAGAAGGUGAUAUUGCUCAUUUUGAAGCAACUUUGGCACCAGCUGGAGACCAGACGAUGGUUGUGGAAUGGUUCUUCAAAAAUCAACCUUUGAAAGCUGGUCACCGCAUACGAACUGUUCACGCUUUUGGAAUGGUUGUUCUUGAAAUUCUCGGCGUUGUUAUGGAAGACUCUGGUGAAUACACUUGCAAAGCCACCAACAAAUGGGGUAAAGCUGAAAUUACUGUGAAACUAGAAUGCGUCGAUAGAACUCGUGGCCAAAAACCCAAGUUCACCUCUCAAUUGAAGAGUUUGACGGGACUGAAAGAGGGAGAUAGUGCCCAUUUCGAAUGCCAUCUCAUCCCGAUUGGUGAUCCUGCCAUGAGGGUGGAAUGGUUCCAUAAUGGUGUUCCAAUGAGACACAGUUCUCGUAUCAAGACUUUAAGCGAUUUCGGCUACGUCGUAAUGGACAUAUCAUUCGUUCACGUUGAAGAUUCAGGAGAAUAUGUAUGUGUGGCGACGAACAAGUAUGGAUCAGAUACAACUAGAUGCACAAUCGAAUGUACAGGACAUGGCAAAAUCUUCCGUGAUACACUUCAACCUCAGAGCCUUGAAAAGAUUGCUGAACUUGAAGGGUCUCACUCUCUAUACAAAUCUCAAAUAUCCAUCGAUGCUAAAGUAACGGAAGCACCGAAGUUCACCACACAUAUCAAGGAAGUCAGCAACCUGGUGGAAGGACAGAGUGCACAUUUCGAAGCAUAUCUCACACCCACUAAUGAUCCGAAUAUUAAAGUUGAAUGGUAUUUUAAUGGCAAACUGCUUGGAGCAGGUCACCGCUUCAGAACAUUUCAUGACUUUGGAAUUGUAAUUUUGGAUAUCUUGUACUGUUACGGCGAAGACACUGGAGAGUAUAUGUGUAAAGCCACGAACAAAUUUGGAAGUGACAUCACGAAAACUACACUGAAAUGCCGAUCUAAGAGUUCCAUCAUCCUGGAACCUCAACUUCCGAAAGAGAUGGCCGACGGCAACCGCCGCAUCAUGGAAUUGGAAGAACAUUUGUACCGAUCUCGCGGCGAGUACCAGGAGGAAAUUCAUCUGGAAGCUCCCCGAUUCACUGUGCCUCUCGAGAACGUCACCGAUCUGAGGGAAGGAGAGAAUGCGCACUUGGAGGCAAGGCUCACACCAACCGAUGAUCCAGAUUUGAAAGUGGAGUGGUUCAAGAACAGCAAAACACUCAAAGCAGGAACUCGCAUCCGUACUAUCAAUGACUUCGGCUUUGUGGUCUUGGAAAUCAGUCCAAUUUAUCCAGAAGACAGUGGACUUUAUUCCUGCAGAGCUACAAACAAGGUUGGAGAAGCCGUUACUACAUGCACGCUCAAAUGUUCAGGAAAGCGUAGCAUUAUCCUGGAUACUCAGCUGCCGGAAGGUAUGGAGAGUAUACAGAAGAUCGCCAGGUUUGAAGACAUCUCCUCGGCACGCAUCUCAGAACAGUGGAUGGACGUUGAAGUGCAGCAGCCUCCUAAGUUCAUCACGAAACCCCAGGACCAGACACUACCCGAAAACUCUCUCGCCCACUUCGAGUGCAGGCUGACCCCCGUCAAUGAUCCCACCAUGAGAGUCGAAUGGUACUUCAAUGGAAAAACUCUUAUUACAGGGUCACGAGUUAAAACUAUCAAUGACUUCGGUUUCGUCAUUUUGGAAAUUGCCGGUGUAUUCGGAAGAGACGCUGGAAUUUACACAUGCAAAGCCAUCAAUGCCUUUGGAGAGGCAACAGUAACAGCUAAACUUACAGUUAAAGCUAAGAGUUCAGUCAUCAUGGAGCCGCAACUUCCAAGUGAGUGGCAAUCUGGCACUCAGAGCCUUCAGAGAUUGGAAGAAGCAAUGUAUAGAACGGAAGAAGUCAUCAUCGAUGACGAUCGCAAAAUGCCGCCGAAAUUCAUCACUCAGAUCCAAAAUCUGGAGAACAAAGAAGAAGGUGAAGCAGCCCAUUUCGAAUGCCGAUUGGAACCUGUUGGAGACCCAACGAUGAGAGUGGAAUGGUUCGUGAAUGGAAAGCCCCUGAUUAAAGGUACUAGAGUACAUACAGUCGACGACUUCGGCUUCGUUGUGCUGGAUAUUGAUUGGUUAUUCCCAAGAGAUGCUGGUGAAUAUAUGUGUCGAGCUAUCAACAAGUGGGGACAAGACACAACCAAGGCAGUUUUAAAGAUCAAAAGUAAGCGCAACAUCAUCAUGGACAGUCAACUUCCCGAAGGAAUGUCCGCAGAAAAACUAAGGGAGCUCGAUUUUCCACCACAGCAAGAACAACCCAUUGAAGAAGUAAAAGCACAACCUCCCAAAUUCAUUACACAGAUUCAGCCGCAGGAAAAUCUGCAAGAGGGUGACAGUGCUCACUUCGAAUGCCGGUUGGAGCCCAUCAAUGACCCUAAGCUCAGGGUAGAGUGGUAUCAUAAUGGAGUACCAUUGAAAUCAGGACAUCGCUUCAAAACUACACAUGAUUUUGGUUUCGUUGCUCUGGAUGUCUUAUAUGUAUAUGCUGAAGAUUCGGGUGAAUACACUGCACGUGCCGUAAAUGAUUAUGGGGAGGACAUCACUAAAACAACAUUGAAAGUCAAAGCAACGAGGCUCCUGGAGUACCGAACACAGCUUCCAAAAUCAAUGGAACAGGGCGUUCAAAAGAUUGCUGAAAUGGAAGCUUCUUGGCAGAGAGUUGUAUCCGAGGAAGAGGUUCCCGUUCAACGUUGUCGCCCUACGUUUGUCAUGAAACCUGAGCCUCAGGUGGUUACGGAAGGAGAAUGGGCAAAAUUCUGCUGUAGAGUCAUUGGCAAUCCUAGACCCAGGAUCAUGUGGAUUGUUAACGGACACACUAUUGGACCGGGCUCCCGUUACAAGCUGACUUAUGACGGCAUUUAUCACCUGGAUAUUCCCAAAACAAGACAGUACGAUCAAGGAAAGGUAGAGGUAUUUGCUCGCAACGGAUUGGGAGAAGCUUACUGUUGCACCACACUCCAAGUGAGACCAAGGCAUGAUGAUUAUAGGGUAGUGCUCAAAAAUUCGCCCAGGCAAUACACGCCAAGAAAACCUAGUUGGGCUUUGGACUUAGAGACUGAGAAAAAAGAAGAGAAGCCUCACUCUCCAAAAAUCGAGACUCCACUGAGAGAUGUAUUCAUCAAGACACCUGGCAGAAAAGUGUCUCUCGAGUGCAUAAUUAAAGGGGUUCCACGACCCACUGUGACCUGGUAUCACAACGAAAAAGUGAUCGAUGUAAAGAGCGGUUACUACGUGGUGUCUUACAAGGAUAAUAAAACUAUCCUGGUGAUUCUCAAGGUGACAAAAGAAGUUGAGGGCAAGUAUACAUGCAAAGCAGUUAAUGAACAUGGAGAAGAAGUUACAACUGCUUAUCUUUACGUUGGAGUUACAAGGGAUGAACAUGAAGCACAACAGAAAGUAAAACCAGUAGAAGCAAAGCCAAAGAAACCCGUUGUGAAAAAAGCCACAGAAGAGACAACUUAUCUACAGCGAACAAGGGAAUUUAAAGAAGUGAAAAGUGCCACAGAAAAAGCGGAAACGGCGUUAGGAACUCAGACACACAUCCAAGUGCAGCAGAUCCUACCUCAAGAGCAACCAUCCGAGGUUGUGCCAACUCCACUGCCUGUCCAGGAGAGAGCAGAGGUGGAACUUGUUGUGUCAUCGCAACACACCCUCAGUGUGUCAGAGGUACACCCUGAGGAGAAAGCAAAAGAAUUUAAGCCUCACGAGCUUCCUGGCUCCAAGACACUAGAUGUCACUAUUCCAUCUGAUGUUGUUGCAGAAGUAUCGGAAGUGGUAACUCAAGAUUCUUUAAAAGAACUAAAGAGUGGAGAGUUACCUGGAACUGAAAGAGCCGAGGUUUCCAUCCCGUUUGAAUUAGCUAUGCAGGUACUGGAAGUACUGGAACACAGUUCUUUCAGUGAUCUCAAACCAGAUGAAACUCCCGGCUCAAAAAUGGCAGAUGUAUCUAUCCCGUCUGAACUGGCUGCACAAGUAUUUGAAGUUCUAGCAACCAGUUCCAUAGGCGACUUGCAGGUCUCCGAGCGGCCUGGAUCGAGGCAAGCUGAUAUGGAGAUAUCGCCCGAUAUUGCGGCAGAAGUAUCGAUGGUCACACCUCACAGUACUGUUCAAGAUUUGAAGCCAGGAGAAGUGCCCGGAUCCCGGGAAGCAGAGUUUAGUGUUCCGUCUGAAGUUGCGAUGCAAAUCUCAGAAGUGACAACACAGGGAUCACUAUUUGAAAUGGCUGAAGACAUUCCUAGUUCCGCCACAGCUCAGGUGAGCAUUCCUUCAGAAUUGGCAACGCAGAUAUUGGAAAUUCUGAGCAGCUCUUCUGUGACUUCACUGACAGCGGAAACCUUACCUGGUGCACGAAAAGUGGAGGUUAUCUUGCCCUCAGAAGUGGCUAUGCAAGUAUACGAGACACUCGUUCAUAGCUCAAUCGUGGACAUGAAGCCGAUGGAGAAGCCCUCGUCUGUCACUGCACUGCUGGGGAUGGUGGAAAAGGUUCCUUUACAGGUGUCUCAAAUCACACCAGACUUGGGUCUGGAGGACAUGACUAUCCAACGGCCAGUCGAAGUAAAAGCCAAAGAAUCUGCAAGACCGGAGCUGCCCACUGCUCAGACGGAAGCCGUACAAGUCCUAGAAGAGGCUUCGGAACCAAUUAAACCAGCUGAUGUCAAGAGUGAACGAAAGCCGUCAUUAAAAGAGGAGAAGCCGCAGGACAUAACCGAUAAAGUCGUUCUUAAAAGAAAGAAAAAACCAAAAGAGGAAUUCCCUACAGAAACUGUGCUUGAACAGAAACCGGUUGAGGAAGAAAAACCUAAAGAAAUAAGUGAGCAAUCGAUAGUAAAGAUUAAGAAAAAACCUAAAGAAGAAGAGAAACCUGUUGAAGUUAUAUUAGACACAAAACCAGAAACUAAACCUGAAGACACUAUUGAAGAAUCAGUACUGAAAAUAAAAAAGAAAGUCAAAAUAGAAAAACCUGAAGAUGUUGUGAUCAAAGAAAUUCAACCUAAGCAAGAGGAGUACAAAACUGAAGAAGUUGUAGAACAUGCUGCUUUGAAAAUAAAGAAAAAACCGAAAGAAGACCAAACUCCGAUUCAACAUGAGGUUGAGGAAGCUAAAAUAGUUGAAAAACCUGAAGAGAUCACAGUUACACCUGAAAAGAGAUCUACAGAACCAGAACAGGAAACUGUAGUUAAAUUGAAACGAAAGUCAUCAUUGAAAGAAGUUCCUGAGACAAAAGAAGAAAUCAAAAUUCCUGGAAAGUUAGCAGAAGAAGCAAAACCGAAGGAAAUCAGUUUGAAACCAAAAAGAAAAACGUCAAUUAAAAUGGCAGAUCAACAAGACGUUGUGAGAAUUGAAAAAGAAAACGUGCCAGAAUUCAAAGUUUUGCAGCCAACGCCAUCAAAAGCUGAUGAAAGUACUGUAAAGGCACCUCCUCUUCACGUAUUUGAGAAAGAGUAUGAUUUAGAUGUUUUAAAAGGUCAAGAAGAAAAGGUAGUCGAUGUUCCUGUAGAAGAAAAAACUGCAAAAGUAACACUAAAGAAAAAACCAAAAAUAAAAGAGGAAACACCAGUAGCAAAAGAAGAAUUUAAUAUUGCUUUGAGGCAAGAAGAAGAAGAAGAAGUUUUUGAAGAUGCAGAAGAAUACUUUUCUCUUAGUGUACCUCAAAAACCGAAGGAUAUAAUUGUCGAAGACGAAAUAGUAGAAAUAACUAUUUCUGAACCUGCACAAUCAAAGUAUACUGUAGAGGAACAAACAGUUGAUUUAACAAUUAAGAAAAAAAUAUUUAUUGAAGAACCCAAACCUCAGCAGGCAGAAAUUUCAAAAGAAUUGGAGUUUGAAGAAAAGGUGAAAAUCAAGCGAAAACCAAAGAAAAUGGAAGAACCACAAGCCGAAGAAGUUACGUUACCAAAACAACCAAAACAAGAAACUGACAAAGAAGUUACAGAAGAAUUUCAACUGGACAUGCCAUCUAAGCAAAUUCGCGAAGACAUUAUUGAAGAAGUAUCGCUGCAGUUGAAAGAACUGAAAACCGAAGAAGUAAAGCAAGAAAUAAAAGAAGAAAAGGUGGAACUUACAGUAGAAAAGGUAGAAGAAACCGCAUCUGAAGUAAUAAAAGAAGAAGUAAAAGAAGAAAAACCAGAAAUCUACGAAUUAACAGAAGAAAAAGUUAAAUUUAAACGUCCAAAGAAACCGAAGAAAGCAGAUGAACCACAUGUUGAAGAGGUGAAAAUUCCUUUGAAAUCAGAGCAAGAGAUAGAAGAAGUUGUUGAUGUUCAAGAUACGUUCAAAAUUGAAACCAUUAAAAAGCCCGAAAGUAAAGAUGUAGUAGAAGAAACUACGCUAAAAUUAUCAGUAGCAAAAAUUGAAAAGGAUGUUUCUGAAGUCGAAGAAGUCAAAACUACCGUGAAGAAGAAGAAGAAGAAACCUCAAAUACCUCUCGAAGAACCUUCCGAAGUAACAGAAUUUAAAGUGAAGCAAGAUAAGCCAGAAGAAAUUGAACCAGAAUUUACAGAAGAUGUCCAAGAAUCAUUUGCUGUUAAACUGAAGCCAAAAGAAAAACGUGAUGUUACUGAAGAAAAGGCAGAAGAAAUUGUAGUUUUGACGGAGGAAGAACCCAAGCCUUUGACUGUUACCGAAGAAGCAGCAGAAAUAACUGUUAAAAAGGUUGAAGAGAAUGAAGAAAAGCCGGAAAGUAUAGUUUUGAAGAAAAAGAAAACGCCAAAAGCAAAGGAUGACUCGGAAACCGAAAUUAAGCUCGAAUUACAAAAAAGGCCUGAAAAGAAAGAGGAACCGGAAAAACACGAUGAGUCAGUCUCUGUGGUUUCCUUGAAAACAAAACCAAAGUCAAAAGUUGAAGACGUACAAGAAGAAAUUAAGCUCCAGCCUCAACCCGAAGAGAAACCAUAUCCUAUAAUUGAAGAAACCGCAGAAAUUACAGUGAAAAAAGAAAAUAUUCAAGAAGAAGUAAGUGAUGUGAAAAUUAUACAAAAGAAGAAAAAACAAAAACCAAAAGAAGAAGAAAUACCAGUGGAAGUUAAAUUUAAACUUGAUGAAGAAAAAGUCCAUUUACCAGAGGAAAAACCUGAAGACGUUGAGGAGACUUUUGCCGUUAAAAUGCCUAAAAAGAAAGAUGUAGAAGAAGUCGUAGAAUCUGUUACAGACAUUAUAACGAUUCCUGCACCAGAAGUUCAAAAACGAGAAGAGACAGUAGAAAGCGAACUUACCGUAAAGAAGCUUAUCACAGAGGAAAAACCAACAGAGUUACAUGCUGAAGAAGUGCCUGAUACUGAAGUUACAAAAAAACUGAAGCUGAAGAAGAAACUUGAACUAAAACCAGAAGAAAAACCAGUUGAAGAGACGUUUGCUAUUCCUUUGAAAAAGGAAACGCUGAUAGAAGAAGUAGAAAAAGUACCUACGGAAGAAGUAUUUUCUGUUAAACUGACAGAAAAACGUAAAGAAAAAGAAGAAAAGUCAGUCGAAGAGUCUUUUAAGCUUGUUGUAGAAGCUGAAAAACCAAAAAAAGUAGAGGAAGUAGAAGCAGCUGAAACCACAGUAUUAAUUAAACCAAAAGAUGUUCCAGAGGAAAUUGUUGUUAAAAAAGAACCUGAAAAGAAGGAGGAAGUGGAAGUCACGAAAAAACUAAAACUGAAGAAAAAACCUGAAAUGAAACCAGAAGAAAAACCGGUUGAAGAGACAUUUGCUAUUCCUUUGAAAAAAGAAAAGCAUGUAGAACCAGAAGAAAAGGCCCCUGUCGAAGAAGUAUUUUCUGUUAAAUUGACAGAAAAACGUAAGGAAAAGGAAGAAAAGUCAAUUGAAGAGUCUUUUAAGCUCGUUGUAGAAGCAGAGAAACCAAAAAAAGUGGAGGAAGUAGAAACUGCUGAAACUACAGUAUUAAUUAAACCAAAAGAUGUUCCAGAGGAAAUUGUUGUUAAAAAAGAACCUGAAAAGAAGGAAGAAGUGGAAGUCACAAAAAAACUGAAACUGAAGAAAAAACCUGAAGUAAAGUCAGAAGAAAAACCAGUUGAAGAGACGUUUGCUAUUCCUCUGAAAAAAGAAAAGGCAGUAGAACCAAAAGAAGAGGCUCCCGUAGAGGAAGUAUUUUCUGUUAAAUUGACAGAAAAACGAAAAGAAAAAGAAGAAAAGUCCGUUGAAGAAUCCUUUAAACUCGUUGUAGAAGCUGAAAAACCAAAAAAAGUGGAGGAAGUAGAAGCAGCUGAAACCACAGUACUAAUCAAACCAAAAGAUGUUUCGGAAGAAAUUAUUGUUAAAAAAGAACCUGAGAAGAAGGAAGAAGAAGAAGAAGUUACAAAAAAAUUGAAACUGAAGAAAAAACCUGAAGUAAAACCAGAAGAAAAACCAGUUGAGGAAACAUUUGCUAUUCCUUUGAAAAAGGAAAAAACAGUAGAACCGGAAGAAGCACCUGUUGAAGAAGUAUUUUCUGUCAAAUUGACAGAAAAACGUAAAGAAAAGGAAGAAAAAUCCGUAGAAGAGUCCUUUAAGCUCGUUGUCGAAGCUGAAAAACCAAAAAAAGUGGAGGAAGUAGAAGCUGCUGAAACCACAGUAUUAAUUAAGCCAAAAGAUGUUCCAGAGGAAAUUAUUGUUAAAAAAGAACUUGAAAAGAAGGAAGAAGUGGAAGUUACCAAAAAACUGAAACUGAAGAAAAAACCUGAAUUAAAACCAGAGGAAAAACCAGUGGAAGAGACGUUUGCCAUUCCUUUGAAAAAAGAAAAGCCAAAAGAGCCUGAAGAAACUCACAAAGAAGAACCCGUUGAAGAACAAUUUGCAGUCGUUGUUCCAAAAAAAGUGAAACCAAAAGUUGAGGAUGCAGAAGAAACCAAAAUAAUUUUACCAGAAAAGCCAAAGGAAUAUAAAGUUACUGAAGAAAAUGAGGAGGUGACGGUUAAGAAAUUCGUUGAAGAGGAAGAGAAAUCAGUUGUUUUAAAGAAGCGCAAAGUAGAAACCAGAAAAGAAUCUGUUUCUGAAGAAUUUAAAAUUAAGCGAAAAGAGGAAAAAACUGAAGAGGUUGACGCAUCAGAAUUCACAGUACAAAAGAAGAAGAAAGAAGAAACAAAGUCAAAACCAACUGUUGGUGAAGAUUCAUUAAAACUAACUUUAACUGAAGAGAAAAAACCUGAAAUAACCGAAGAAAGUGCGGAAAUCACUGUUCGUAAGAAACCAGAUACUUCUGAAACGACAGAGGAACGAAGAAUUUCAAUCAAAAAGCCGAAAAAGAAACAAGAACCAGAUGAGAAAGUUGAGGAAUCAUUUACGGUUAGCCGCAAAAAAUCAGUAGAAGAAAGUAGUAAAGAUGUGGAGGAAACAUUCCAAUUAAAAACAGUGACUAAGAAGAAACCACAAAUUGUUUCAGAUGAAGAGGAAUCUCUUAGUCUUUCUUUAGCUCCAGAUAAGCCAGAGUACAAGACAGAAGAAAUUUCAGAUGAAACCAAAGUUAUUUUGCAGAAACCAGAAGAGAAAGAAGGAGAAGAAAUAUUAGAAAUUCUGGAGUCAAUAGAAUACGUAGCCAUCAAAUCUUUUGUUUCGGAUAAAUCGGACUCCGUUUCCCUUGUAGAAGGUGAACGUGUGCAAGUGAUUGAGAGAACCAGCCAAGACUGGUGGUUCGUGCGGAAAGUUAUCACAAACGAGAAAGGUUUCGUACCUCCUACCGUUCUUCAAGAUUCUGCCACCUACACGCACUAUAUGAAGGAGACACUGAGCAAGAAAAUUGAAAAAUUGCCGGUUCUCAGAAAACCAAAACCCGGAGAAAAGUUGGUCGCUCCUAAGUUUGUCAAGAAACUUACGCCUCUUCAAGUUCUGGAUGGUCAGACUGCAGAAAUCUCCUGCCAAGUAUCAGGAAAUCCCAGACCUACAAUCACAUGGUUCAAACAAACACAGAUUAUCAAACCGUCCGAAGAAUUUCAGAUUUUCUACGAUGAAGAUAACGUUACGACCCUGGUGAUCCGCGAAGUGUUUCCCGAAGACGCAGGAACAUACACUGUAGUUGCUAAAAACGCGGCUGGGUUUGCUUCCUGUUCUGCAGAGCUGGUUGUGGAAACUGAUCGCAGUGAAACCUUCCCCUCUUCACGGCUGAGUUUGUCCAGACAGUCUUCGCUGACAGACAUCCUGGAAGGCAUCCCACCCGUUUUCACAGAGAAGCCCAAAGAUAAAAGCGUAGACGAAGGAAAGCCCGUUGAGCUGUCCUGUAAAGUCACGGGUGUACCGGAACCUAAGAUUACAUGGCUUCGGAAUCAAAAACCUUUGAAGGAAUCUGAUCGAAUAGAAAUGACCGUGAUUUGCGAAGAUUUGGACAUAACGAAAAUGACGGUGACUAUUAAAAGCGCCAAGCCUGAAGACGCUGGAACCUACCAAAUCAUCGCCGAGAAUAGGGAAGGAAAAUCUGUCACCUCCCUCAUUCUAAAUGUUACAGAAAAACCUAAGAAGCCCAAAGACGAGCCACCUACUUUUGUACAAACUUUCAGUGAUGUUAUUUGUUCAGAGAAAGAUACUCUUACGUUAACUGCAAAAGUACAAGGAACACCAACUCCUGAAAUAGUGUGGUACAAGAAUGGAAAAAUAUUGAAGCCUUCAAAAGUUAUUCAGCAAACAGUCAACAAAGAACUUUGCACUCUGGUUAUACCUGAUAUAAAGGAAACAGAUACUGGUGAUUAUAAAUGUGUGGCCAAAAAUCCAAAAGGAACUGUUGAACAUUCCGCUAAAGUAACUGUACAAAAAACGGGUGUAGACUUUACGCAAAAAUUGUAUGAUGUGGAAGUUAAAGAACGAGAACCAGUCGUAUUUUCAAUAGAAGUUUCUCAUCCAAGUGCUAAGGUGACUUGGCAUAAGGAUGGAGAACAGAUUAAACCCGAUGACAGAAUAAAAUUCGUUGAAGACGGCUGCACUCGUAAACUACUAAUUCAAGAAUCUAACAUUAAUGAUGAAGGAGAAUAUACCUGUGUACUGGGAGAAAAAGAAUGCACGGCUGAUUUAGUAGUUGUUGAGCUUCCUCCUGACUUUAAAGGUGAAAUGAAGGACGUUACCGUCGCCAAAGAACAAAGUGCUUCCUUCCAAGUCGAGCUGACAAAAGGCGAUGCCCGAGCACGGUGGUAUAAAAAUGAUAAAGAAAUUGAGUUCAGUGAACACGUUAUGCUUAAAAUUGAAGGCAAGAGGCAGAAACUGAUCAUCUAUAACGCAAGUUUUGAAGAUGCUGGAAGUUAUACGUGUGUGGUUGGGAAUAAAAAGAGGACUGCAAAAUUAAGCGUUGAGGCGCCAACAGUGGAAUUCACUGCUAAAUUACCUGAAAAGAUGACCGUGCCUCAAGACACAGACGUCAGCUUCACUGUAGAGCUCUCGCGACCUGAUGUUCCUGUUAAAUGGUUAAAGGAUGGAGAGCCUGUGCCUGAGAAAGAGAAGGAGAAAUUCCAAUUCGUCAAAGACCGAAAUGUUUAUAAAAUGCUUGUGCGACGAGCUCAGAAGGACGACGCCGCUGAAUACAGCUGUGUUGCAGGAAACGUGAAAACAACUACUAAACUGCAAGUGCAAGAGGCUCAUGCUGAAUUCACACUGAAGCUUCGAGAUGUCGUCGUGCGCGAGAGUGAUACGGCCACUCUGCUGGUGGAAGUGACUCGGGAGACAUUCGAGGUGAGGUGGAUGAAGGACGGACAGACAUUAAAACCAACAGACAGGGUAAUCAUGGAGAAGGAAGGUUGCAGGAGGAGGCUCAUCAUCAAAGAUACACAUCUCGAGGACAGAGGCAUGUACUCAUGCGUCUUGGAAGAAAAAAUGAGUUCCUCUACGCUAACAGUCGAAGCAACUCCACGUGUCGUGUCCGAGAAGCGACACUUCAAGGGAAAACGCGGUGGCAACGUCAUUGUCGAUGUGGAGUUCUUGGCUCUACCUCAGCCGAAGAUUGAAUGGUCCUACAAAGGCAAGCCCAUCACUUCGGACAAGAAGCGAUCGGUGGAAAAUUACGGCAACAAGACCGUGGUCACCAUCAAGAAGGUGGACGAUGCAGACGUUGGAAAUUACACCCUCAAGCUGACGAACAAAUGCGGAGAGUGCAAGACGGAUUUUGAAGUUUCCAUCAUAGAUAAACCGAAGCCUCCUAGUAUGCCCAGUGCUUCAGAAAUUGGUGAUACUUCAUUAACUCUGAGCUGGAAGGCACCAGAGAGCGAUGGUGGCUCUCCUAUUACUAACUACAUUAUAGAAUUCCACGACAGGAGUACUCUGCGUUGGUCUACAUACAACGAGAACUUCGUUAUUGAUCAACCCUUUACAAAAGUGGAGAAUCUUAAAGAAGGAGAUGAGUACAUGUUCCGAGUCAUUGCCGUGAAUGAAGUUGGAAAAAGCGAUCCUUCACCAGGCACAAAAUAUAUUCUUGUUCGCGAGCCUAAAGCUGGUGAACCACCUGCAGUUAUCGAACAUUUGCAACCUGUUGCUUGUGGUCUUAGAAAGCCAGCAAAAAUGAGCUGUAGAAUAAGUGGUCAGCCAGCUCCAACGAUAAAAUGGCUUAAAAAUGGAAAGGACUUGGUGAUUUUGAAAAACCUGACAGCGACGUAUGAAAAUCAACUGGCAACGCUCCAAAUAGCUGAAACUACUGAAAAAUCUGCUGGAACAUAUACUUGCAAAGCUACAAAUCAUUUAGGAACUGCUGAAACAUCAACAGAACUAAAAAUACAAGAGCCUCCAUCAGUCCAAUUCGACGACAGUUUGAAGAACGUGCGUCUGAAGUCUUUCAGUGAGUACGUGUUAGAAGUGAAAGUGUUUGGCUACCCCAGUCCAGAACUAGUGUGGCUGAAAAACGGCAAAGUACUGGAAUCAACAAAACAUACUCUAGUCCAAAUAAGGGAAAAUUCCACCACCAUAACCAUUAGGAGCGUUGAGAACACUGACAGUGGAACGUACACCUUGCAACUCAGCAAUCCGGCUGGCACUUUUAAGCAAGACUUCAAACUCUUCGUACUAGAUAAACCUCUGCCACCUGAGGGACCCAUUACAUUCCACAAAAUCGACAAGACUUCUGUGACUAUUGGCUGGCAGUCCCCCAGCAUAGGUGAAUCAGAAGUGCUCAAAUACGUCAUAGAAAAAUGCGAAUAUAGGAGAAAAGUUUGGUUGGAGGUGACAACGGUCAGCUCUGAUAUUCUAACGCAAGAAAUCAAAGAUCUGAGUGAGGGUAUCGAAUAUGCAUUCCGCGUUAUCGCCACAAACGACUACGGUCGCAGUGAUCCUCUCACAUCUGAUCCAGUUACACCAAAGAGCUUAUUUGAUAAACCUCACGCUCCAAAGGGACCCUUCACCACUUCCAACAUGACAGAGAGCUCCUUCACGCUGAGCUGGCUAGCUCCAGACAACGAUGGAGGCAGCACCAUUUUGGAAUACAUCGUGGAGCGUAAGGAGGCCUCGCGGAAGGCGUGGCAGAGAGUGGGCACCACUGACGGAAAAUCCCUCUCGAUGGAGGUGAUCGGACUGAAGCAGGACACUGCCUACCAUUUCAGAGUCUGCUGCAGGAACGACGUGGGACACAGCUCAUACUUCUCACCUGAGGAAACCAUCACGCCUGGGCUCAGGAUAUCACCUCCUUCUCCUCCUGUUGGUCCGCUCACCGUUGUCAACAUGACAAACAAAACUUUAACCCUGAGUUGGAAACCUCCAGCAACAACUGGUGGGGCAGAUUUGACAGCCUACAUCAUCGAAAAGCGGGAGUCGACCAAAAAAUCAUGGAAUAGGUUGGAGACUUUAGAGCCAAAUGUCACCACUUACACUGUUCACAAUUUAACAAACACAAAAGAAUAUUUCUUCCGAGUGUUUGCUGAAAAUCCUGCUGGACUUAGUCCUCCACUGGAAUCGGACAAGGCAAUCAAACUAACAUCCACAGCAGUUCGGCCGUCACCUCCAACUGGGCCUUUAGAAGUGGUAGUAACAGGACCAAGUUCCGUACUGAUAGCGUGGGGUCGACCAGAAUCUGAUGGAGGAUCUCCCAUCACAGGAUACACUGUGGCACUUAAAAAUGUGCGCAGAAUUAUGUGGAUGGAGGUUGGUCAAGUGAAUGGUGAGACGCAGAGAAUGCAAAUCAAGGAUCUGCAAGAGGAUGCCGCUUACAUGGUCCGAAUCAUAGCAAAGAACGAAGUCGGUAUCAGUGAUCCUUUGGAACCAGAAGAACCAAUCAAAGUUAUUCGUCCCCCAGGAUUCAAGGAAUCCGAGGCCCCCGAGCUUGACGAGAAGACCAUCUCUGUGAGUUACAGCACGGAAACUUCAUCGUCUUGGAUCCGAGAGGCCAAUGUGGAACCCAUGUUGCACACUUACACGAAACACGUGCUGGCCGGGAGGAACGAAUACUUCUUCCGAAUAUGGACUCUGGCCGAGUCGCUCUACAAAUGAACUUAACCGUGCUUGUGAUAAAACGGAUGGUUCGAAAUCUGGGAUUCCAGAGGGUGCGGCGAGACUUCGCAUUCCGUCUGUUCUGUGGCCAUCACGUCAUAAGUCCCGCUCUAUUGCGGUUGUGCAGCUCUCUUGAUGGCUUACAGAACUGGUGAUACAGAAUGCGAAAAUUCGAGCUCUGCAAAUUUUAAACAAACAAGUUUUUCUCGGGGCUAGAUUUUUUUUUUUUAAUUUCUUUCAUUUAUUAAUGAAUUUGCAUUGUAAACACUUUAAUAAUCGAUUAAAGAUACGGUUUAAAUACUUACGUUCUACAUAGAACGUAGAUUUUUUUUUAUUUCGCUAAUUUAUUUAUUUAUUUAUUUUAUUUUCAAUUUCCUUGGCAUCCCAGAUUCAAUCAUUCGCGAAUUUCCUUGCUUCUGGGUUGCUCUGGCAGCGACCCAGAUUUGUACAGAUAUAUUGUGUAAGAUAUUUUUUAAAAGACAGGAGUCCCAUUUUGGUGAUUCCUGUUAUUUUUAUCAGCGAACGAACUUUUUACCAAAGUGGUACGCUUUUGUACCAGUGGCUCUGUGAGACAAUGUAUGGAUUAUACUACCACUGUUUUUCUGUGUACAUGCUUGAAAUCGAGCAGCACGUGUUAUUUAUGUUCCUAUGUCUUUCGUGAUGAUUUCAGUUAGAAAUCCCAAUAGACUGAAUAGUGCAUCCUAUAGAUAGAUCCCAAAUAUUGUGAUAUCCGGUUGUGUUAUGUGUCGUCAAAGUCUAAUAAAUUUAUGUGUCAAUAA